UUACUGAUAGACGUCAUGUGUAUACAACAAUUUUGCUGGGAGGGAGAGAAUCAUGAUGAUUACAUGAAAUGGAUUCAGUUGAAUACUUGUAAGCGUACAUACCUGAAUAAUAGGGAAAAAUUGUGUGUAUAAAGUGAAAUUAAUUGAUGGAGCUCACAACGCUAUUGUUGGUAUUCUUAUUUUUACUGAUUGCUUAUUUUUUUUAUUCGAAUAUUAAUCCUUUCGAAAAGUAUGGAAUACCUUAUAUUAAACCAGUGCCAAUAUUUGGUAAUAUGGCUACACCAAUGUUAUGUCUGACUUCAUUUGGUGAAAUGGUUCAAAAAGUAUAUCAGUUUAAUCCAAAAGCUAGAUAUGUUGGAUUUUUUGACUUUAAUUGUCCAACAGUUGUGAUACGUGAUCCUGAACUUAUCAAAGAUAUUUCAAUCAAAAAUUUUGAUAACUUCGUAGAUCAUCGAGGAUUUGUAAAUCCUGAAAAUGAUCCUCUGUUCGGCAACAAUUUAUUUUCUCUUCAUGGAGACAAGUGGCGUGAAAUUAGAAACCUUUUGAGUCCUUCUUUUACUUCAAGCAAGAUGAAAGGUAUGUUCAAGCUCAUGUCAGACUGUAGCAAAAAUUUUACUGAUUACUGGAUAGAAGAAUCUAAAAAAGGUCCUGUCAAUAUUCAUUCUAAAAAUGCUUUUGGUAGAUAUACAACCGACGUUAUUGCCACAUGUGCAUUUGGAAUUACGACUGAUUCAAUGAGAAAUCCAAAGAAUGAAUUUUACGUUCUCGGCUCCAAGUCAACUAGCUUUCAGGGUUUACUUGCUUUUAAAUUUUUCUUAUUACGCAGUUUUCCUAAUAUUUGUAAUUUUUUCAAGGCAAAACUUAUUGAUUCUAAAGUAGAAAAAUUCUUUCAAAAAAUUAUUCGUGAAACAAUACAAAUGCGAGAAGAAAAAGGUAUUAGCCGUUCUGACAUGAUUCAAUUAAUGAUGGAAACAAGAAACAAAACAAGCCAAGGUACAAGGUUAACCAUUGAAGAGAUGACAUCUCAAGCAUUUAUAUUUUUUUUUGGUGGAUUUGAUACAACGUCGAUUCUGAUGAGCUUUGUUGCUCAUGUUAUCGCUGCGAAUCCUACUGUUCAAGCAAAAUUAAGAAGUGAAGUAGAUGAAAUAUACAAGAAAUCUAAUGGUGAUCCUACUUAUGAAAUGAUAAAAAACAUGGAAUAUCUUGAUGCUAUUAUCAAUGAGACAUUAAGACUUUACCCCAUUGCUCCAAUUCUGGAUAGAAUUUGUACUAAACCUUUUGAAUUACCACCUGCUUUGCCAGGAGGAAAAUCAUUUCCUUUAAAAAAAGGUGAUUGUGUUUGGUUUCCAGCUUUUGGUCUUCAUCGGGAUCCUGCUUUCUUUUCUGAUCCAGACGAGUUUAAGCCAGAAAGAUUUCUAGUUGACUCCAAGUCUUUGUUGAAUUCUCCAGCAUAUCUUCCCUUUGGCAUUGGGCCAAGAAUUUGUAUUGGUAACAGGUUUGCAUUGCUAGAAACAAAAAUAUUAUUUUUUCAUUUAAUUGCUAAAUGUACUUUGAAGACCAGUCACAAAAUGCAUCUUCCAUUGACAUUGGACAAAGGUGUUGCGACGUCAGCUAAAGGAGGAUUCUGGUUGGUUAUAGAACCAAGAACUUUAUAAUAAAAAUCAAGAACUUAUCAAUUUAUACUUAUAUAUAGUUUAAUCAACUACUUACUUACAUGUAAAAUAUAAAUAAAAAUGUUUUAUAAUAAU